CGGUUUGACGGAUAGAGCUUUAAUGUGUCAAACAAGAUUCAUUCUGAUGCUCACAAUUACAUUAUCAUUGUCUACUAUGGCUUAUAUCUAUUUCUCUCUCAAGCAAGUUACGCACCAUCACACAAUGUUUGAUGUUGUAAAUCAGACUCAGUCCUAUACUGAGAGCUUGUCUGGCAAACUUUUUUUCUGGAAAAUCAAGCAAACACCUACAGCACUGAACAAACCCACUGCAUCCAUUAGCACCAAACCCAUUUCAGUGCAUCAUCAUAUAGCUCAUCCAAGCAACUAUCAUUACAUUCUGGAUGAACCUGAUAAAUGUCAGCAGAAUCCGUUCCUGGUCUUGAUGGUCCCUGUGGCGCCCCAUCAGGUAGAAGCUCGAAACGCCAUCCGGAGCACGUGGGGGAAUGAGAGCACAGUCCAGGGAAAAGCAGUGAUGACUCUGUUCUUGGUGGGUUUGACUGGAGGAUCCGACUCUGAAAAAGCUCAACAGCAGCUGGAGGAAGAGAGCCGACAACACAGAGACUUACUGCAGAGCAACUUUGUGGACUCAUACUUAAACCUGACCAUAAAGACGAUGGUGAUCAUGGACUGGUUGGCCACUCGUUGUCCUCAAGCCAAUUUCAGUAUGAAGGUCGAUUCUGACAUGUACUUAAACAUGGAAAACUUGAUGACUCUUCUAUUGGCACCCAACACACCCAGACAGAACUACAUCACUGGUUUUUUGAUGUUGAACCAGCAUGUCGUCAGAAACAAAAAAUCUAAAUAUUACGUCACAGAGGAGCUGUACCCCGAACCGAAAUACCCCACAUAUGUGCUGGGAGUAGGAUAUGUUUUCUCCAAUGACCUUCCCAAAAAAAUAGUCGAGGCUUCCAAGGACGUGAAGCCCUUUAACAUAGAGGACGCAUAUGUGGGCACUUGUCUGAAACGGUUGGGCAUUAAACCCUCACGCGCACCAGAUCCUUCUCAGUUUCGGACCUUUAUGAAGGAUUCUAAAAGUCACAACCUUUCCAAGGUCAUUACAACAAUUGCGAGGUCACCGAAACAGAUAAUAGAGUUCUGGCAAAGUGUUGCAAAAAAUAUCCCACUGACAUUUUUGUCUUGAUACCCCCUAAAAAAAUUGUAUUUACAAAUUAUA